AAUCCUGGCGGGAUCUGCCACCUUUUGCACCCAGGUGCACCUUCCGGACACUCGGACCUUCAAGCUUGGACCGGAACCAAAUCUCCGGGCCCUCGAGGAAUCUGCCCCCAGGCGAAGAUCACAAGCUGGGUCACCCGGUACCCCGUCUCUGGGACCCAAGGCGCUGAGUCAGCGUAACCCGAGCAGCCUAGUGACCGCGAAGCCCCCGCCUCCCUGCUUGCGCCACGCCCCUCGGGGCGAGAGAAGGCCAGCCCCUCGGCCAAGCUCUGCCAGAGUGCGACAGCUAGGCCAGGCGACAGCGCGGCCGCGCAGGGCGCAGCAUGACGGCCAUCGGUGUGCAGGCCCAGAAGCUAUUGGGCCCUAAGAGGCCCCACUGGCCUUUCUUUGAGACCUUCAUCCGGACCCUCAUCAUCAUGUGCGCUGCCCUGGCUGUGGUCCUUUCUUCCGUCUCCAUCUGCGAUGGCCACUGGCUCCUAAUGGAGGACCGUCUCUUUGGGCUGUGGUCCUUCUGCACCAUGAGUAACCACAGUGGACCACAAUGUCUGAGAGACCUGAGCCAGGCCCAUGUGCCCGGGAUGGCUGUGGGCAUGGGCCUAGCACGCACUGUGGCUGCCAUGGCUGUGGUGGCCGCCAUCUUUGGCUUGGAGUUGCUCAUUGUGUCCCAGGUGUGUGAGGACGUUCGCUCCCGGCGUAAGUGGGCCAUCGGUUCCUACCUCCUCCUGGUCGCCUUCCUCCUCUCCUCUGGGUGUCUCCUCAUCUUUGUGAUCCUUCUCAAGAGUCAGAUCACCGUCAUGGGCUUCACCCUGAUGUUUUGGUGUGAGUUCACCGCCUCUUUCCUCUUCUUCCUCAACGCCACCAGCGGCCUUCACAUCAACAGCCUCACUCAGCCCGGGGACCCUCCAGGGGGGACUCUGGCUUCUGUAAGAUGGAACUCUCUGACAUAGGACCUCUGGCUACGAUUGAGUGGCACAGCCAACGACCUUGAAGCUGCCUCUUAGGCACUUAGCUCUAGAAAUGGCCCUGGGGAGUCUCUCCAGCCAGAGGCCAGCACUGUGGCUCAGUACCAUAGCACAGCAAGCCGGAUAGGUUAGCCAAGCUAUUAUGAUGUCAAUUCUAAAAUAAGAAGAAUAUCCUAAAAUGUCUUCCUUGGGUGUUUUCUUGCCUGGACU